AGGGUGGCAUGCAUUAUAUAAAUCAUGAGAACAACCAAAGGCUGAUUCCACGCAAUCUAUCUCACCUUCCAACAAUGUCAACACCUUCUCUCAUUCCCUUCUUCCUCCUGACCUUCAUCUUAGGCUUAGCCUCCUCCACUCCCUCCACGGCCGCGGCCGCGGCCACUGCCACAACCAAACCCGCUCCGCUCGUAUUCCCCCUCAAGAAAGAUGCUGCCACCAACCAGUACUACACCACCCUCCAGCUCGGGACUCCCCCCACCGCCAUGAACGCGGUCCUCGACCUCGCGGGCGAGUACACAUGGCUCGACUGCAGCAGUUACAGGUCCUCCUCCUACCGCCCCGUCCACUGCAACUCCUCCAGGUGCGAGGCCGCCGGCAGCCUCAGCUGCAAUGGCUGCUACGGCCCCGCCAAGCCCGGCUGCACCAACGACACGUGCGGCGUCUACGCGGCGAACCCAUUCCUGAACGUGCUCCCGGGCUCGGGGCUCGCAGAGGACGUCCUGGUGUUGCACUCCACGGACGGGAUCAAGUACAAGUCCACGAGUAAAUAUCAACGAUUUGCUUUCUCUUGCGUGGACGACGGCCUGAACGGGACGACGGAGGGACUAGCGAAAUCAACCAAAGGCAUUGUCGCGCUCGCGAGGAACCCGGCCUCACUCCCCACAGAGCUCUCCACGCAACUCAACCUCCCCCGCAUAUUCGCUCUCUGCCUCCCUUCUUCCUCCUCCGGAGCCGGCCACGGCGACCUCUACGUUGGCGGCGGCCCAUACACGCGACCUCCGAUCAAGCAAGACCUCGCGAAAUCGCUCCUCCGCACUCAGCUCCUCGUCAAUCCCGUGAAACGGGCCCCCGUCUACAGCGAAGGCGAGGCCUCCGACGAGUACUUCAUCGACGUAACUACCAUCAAAGUUGAUUUCGCUCCAAUCAGCUUCAAGUCCUCGAUCCUCACGAUUGACAAGAACGGCGUCGGGGGGACCAAAAUCGCCACUCUUACUCCGUACACGGUACUCCACUCGGCGAUCUUCAGGCCUCUGGUGAAUGAAUUCAUAAAGAAGGCGAUGGACAGGAAGAUCAAGAAGGCGGCGCCGGUCGCGCCGUUCGGGGCUUGCUUCGACGCGAAGACGGUGAAGAGCGGGGCGGCCGGUCCACACGUGCCGACCAUCGUGCUGGUGCUCCGGAGCGGCGUGCAGUGGAGGAUGGAAGGGGCGAACUCGAUGGCGAGGGUGAGCAAGGACGUGAUGUGCCUGGGGUUUGUGGAUGGAGGGUCCAAGCUGAGGACAUCCAUCGUGAUCGGAGCUCAUCAGAUGGAGGAUAAUCUGGUGGAGUUCGACGUGGGGUCGUCGACGUUUGGGUUCAGCAACUCGCUCCUCCUCCAAAACUCCAGUUGCUCCUCGAGAUCGUGACGUGCCUGGGGGCAUGUCAACUUUGCAUUUUGGCCCCUGACGUCCCCCUAUCUUAGCUCCUUCUGCAAUAUCUCCUGUUAAUUUGUAAUGGAGUUUCGUGAAAUAAAAAUGGCAUAACGAGUUCAUUGCA